AUGGAAUACCCUCCGUCGUCUCAGCGCCCACCGCCCAUGAGGCAAUACGCUGCUCCCUCGCCCGCUUCCGCCGCAGCGCCGUACACUCCCGAUGAGAUGUACGGCGGAUAUGCCGAGCAGCCGUACGAUGGGGGUGGUUAUGAUGACCCAGGAUACGGCUACCAGGCAGGUCCGGCAGGCCCCUACGGCUCGUCGCAAGCACCGCGCUCGAUGCGCCCUCCAGGACCGCCUCGUCCUCCACCAGGCCGGGGCUAUCCCGGCGACAGACCUCCCCCGCAGAAGCGGAGAGGACCUCCUCCCGUCCUCCUCCCGGCUUCGAUAACCCGUUUCCCGCGGUUCCUCCCAGAGACCCUCGAGACCGACGGGGUCCUCCCCCCUCGCGGCCUCGAAAAGGGCAUGGCGGCGAUGGAUAUCAACGGAAGACCGCCGCCUCGACCACAUACCUCGAACUCCCGUCGACCGGACAUGCGCCCACCUCCUCGCGGAAUGCCGCCUGUCCGUGGCCGAGGAUAUCCCCCGGGCCCUGGACGGCCGCGCCCUGAUCGCCCCGACCGAGGAUAUACGGACCCGAAUGGCCCUUUCCCGGGACCACCGCGAAGUGCCACAAUGCCUCUGGGUCAGCCACCAAAUAUGUACCCGCCUCAACCGGCCUACCCAGAGUCCGAUCAUGCGCCUAGCUCGAUGGGUGAGCCAAUGCCUCCUCGUCCCAGCACGGCUGGAGGCAUGCGACCCCCACGCGCUCGCCCGGUCAACGACAUUGACCCUGGAUUGAUAAUUCCUCCGGACCCCUCCAACCGAGUAUCUUAUGCCCCGAAGGAAUUUUUGGACAGCUACUUCGGCUCCCAUGAAGAGGAGCAAGACAUGCCCAAUUUUGAUGCCAUGCCGUCGAAUAACAUGGGCCCGAUUGAUGAGAUGGGCCUGGAUACACCGCCGAAGCCAACAGCGCAGACGCCUACAUCACCAUCCUCUGGAUCUGGCGGCCAUUAUGCACCGUAUACCCCAGAUUCUUCGGGACCAGGAACUCCACUCGCAAGCUCCCGGUCUCAGCCUAAUCUGCGAGGCGACGCUCCGAACCAGUUCGAAAAUGCCGGUUUCCAGUUCGACAUUCCGCAGGAACCGCCUGCCGUGCCUGGAAUGCAUCAACUGGAUGGCUCUGGAUACGGCUAUGAGCAGACCAGUCCGUAUUCGCCGAAUGGCCAUUCUCCCUACGGCCAGCAAACGUACCACCCAGAGCAGCCGCAAUCACCGCCAGAACAAGAACAGAACCCAGACGCUCUUCCUCACCAUCCGAUGCCAGUGCCUUUCCGACCUGGCCACGACCAGGCUGCCAAGCCCGCUCCCGUUCGCCAAUACAAUACUGCUCCAACUCCUGCUCCCGCGCGAGCACCGGCUGCUCCGCAACCGAUGCCUCCAGAUGGAAUGGCAGGACCUGCUCCCGUCACACAGGAAGAGCUACAAGCGCUGCAGCAAAAGGCGCGCUCCAACCCCAGCGACCAAAAGACUCAGCUUCUGCUUGCCAAGAAACUCGCCGAGGCUGCUGUGGUACUAGUAGCGGAGAAUAGCCGCCUAGAUACCAAGACCAAAGCCAAGACCAAGGAGAAAUACAUUCAGGAUGCGUACAAGAUUGUUAAAAAGCUUGUCUCAUCCGGGUACUCCGAGGCGCAGUUUUUCCUUGCAGAUUGCUACGGCGAGGGCCUACUCGGACUGGAAGUGGACCCCAAGGAAGCCUUUUCCCUCUACCAGUCCGCCGCAAAGCAAGGCCACGCCCAGUCUGCGUACCGUGUGGCAGUCUGCUGCGAAAUCGGCCAGGAAGAGGGUGGCGGCACAAAGCGAGACCCGUUCAAAGCCGUACAGUGGUACAAGCGGGCUGCAUCUUUGGGUGACACGCCGGCAAUGUACAAGAUGGGCAUGAUCAACCUGAAGGGCUUGCUGGGUCAAGCGCGCAGUCCACGCGAGGGUGUUUCGUGGCUAAAACGGGCCGCCGAACGCGCCGACGCGGAGAACCCGCACGCGCUCCACGAGCUCGCUCUCAUGUACCAGACUGCCAGUGGCAACGAUGUCAUCAUCCGCGACGAGCAAUACGCCUGCCAACUUUUCCACCAGGCCGCGGAACUGGGCUACAAGUUCUCGCAGUUCCGCCUUGGUACGGCGUACGAAUAUGGACUGAUGGGAUGUCCGGUCGACAACCGCACGAGUAUCAUUUGGUAUACCCGUGCCGCGGCGCAGGGCGAGCACCAGAGCGAGCUGGCUCUGAGUGGUUGGUAUCUGACUGGAUCAGAUGGCAUAUUGCAACAAAACGACACUGAGGCAUACCUGUGGGCACGAAAGGCUGCCACUGCUGGCCUUGCCAAGGCUGAAUAUGCGAUGGGAUACUUCACCGAGGUUGGAAUUGGCGCCACCGCUAAUCUGGAGGAUGCGAAGCGAUGGUAUUGGCGUGCAGCGGCGCAAGGAUUCCCCAAAGCCCGCGAACGCCUUGAAGACCUAAAGAAGGGCGGCCAGCGCAUGCAAAAGACGCGUCUCUCCCGCUCAGCCGUGAACAAACAAAGCGACGGAGACUGCAUCGUCAUGUAA